AUGUAUGCGGAUGACAACGAGGAAGCUGCUAAUAACGCACGUCGGCAGUUACUCUGGUUUUUGGAACCAUGCCACGAUGUCCCUCUAAAUGGCACAGUAAACAAAACUAAUGUAGAUAUCACAGAAAAUCGCAUAAGAUGCGACGAUAUGGAAAUACUCAGCGGAGCCGGCGAUGCCUAUGUUGAAAGACAUUGUCAUAACGAAGAGUCACCAGACCAACCUCUUCUUCUUCGCCGCAUUUCAUACGAGCAGAAAGAAUGCUCGUGCUCGAUUAGAUGUGAUGACGGGACGGAAUUCUUCCGUUACGCUGGUUGCCGAUGCCCGCAGGACGAGUACGUUCAUCCUGAAGCUGGUUGCCUUGAUCCAGACUGUGUUUGGAAACCUGAUGACAGCCGAUGGAUAAUUAUCAACACUACAGGUUCUCGCGCAGCUUUCGCUUCCAUAGCUCUACCUCCUGGAAACAACUCCGCAUCUAUCUACAGUCCAUAUUACCAGCAGAUCUCUAUUCAAUGUGUGCUAGAAUUUGCUUAUCGUCUGAAUAGUGCUCCACACUCGUCAAUCGUCGUGACUGCGGAAUUUUUGAAUCCCAACGAUUACGACUAUGAGACCGUGCACACAAAAAAGUUUCGGGAAGAAAAGGACUACUAUACUCGAAGGCCACAUCUUGCACGGUUCGAGGCCGGGCAUUUCUUUCAACCAACUCGAAUACGGGUAGAAUGUCGCUCAGAUUCUAACGCUUAUCCUCAAACGAGUGACAAUUCAACAAUGACAGAAUGUGAACUGGGCAAAUUUGUUUGGGAUGAAGAGUGUACAGAACAACAGCCGUCUGGCUCGAAAUGCGAUUUUAAUGAUGAAAAAGUCUAUUGCGAUGGCUGGACAAUUUUAACUGCGGAACAGAGCAAACCCGUGAACGAACAUCUCUUGCGGGUAAAGCGAACAAUGAGAAAUAUUGGCCCGACGCAUGAAUCUAGACCAGGAGGAGGAUCGUUUCUACUCUACUCAACCGAAUUGAAUAGAAAUUUGUCUCUGACGACAAGAGACACUUUUUUGACUUCACCGUUUUACCCAGCGAUAUUCAACGAUGAUGAUAAAUGCAAACUAAGGUUUCAUAUCAUCCGGGCAGCAAUAGAUGUAGAAUGGUCAAUGUCGAUUAUACAUCCGUCAUGGGUGAAAGGUUCCUUACCGCAAAGAGUUUUGAUGGAGGAGGAGGGUUUGCGGGUAGAACGAGGCUGGCAUAGGCAAUCUUUGAGCAUCGGACCACAGUUCUUCCCUUUCGCGCUACAAAUCGAGGCGAAUUGGGUUGUAACAUCUUCAGCUGCUGGAAAUGCAUUUGUUGCAGUGGAUGACAUCUCAUUCAGCGUUGAAUGCUUUGACAAAGACAGACAGUUGGUGCCAGUGCAUAAUUGGACAUCAAUAACCGUAGAUUCCUGCGGUGCUACUGGUACCCAACUCAUUCGAGCAGACAAAUGUCUUCGGCGUGGACAUAGGCAAGGCCCUUAUCAAUAUCUACUGGUUGACCACCAAGAGCAAGUUUGGACUGUACCGGAGACGUUGCAUUAUAGAAUUGUUGCUUGUGGAGCUGAAGGUGGCUCGUUCACCUUCGAACCAAUAGAAAACAAAGGUGGAUGUGUGACAGCUGAUAUUGACCUGAUUGUUGGCACAAAACUGCGUUUGUCGAUUGGACAGAAAGGAGAAUCACCAUGCGAUCCGUUUGUUAGAAGCUCAAUGGACAAGGAGACAACUAAACGGCUUUGCAGCGAACAUUAUAGAGGAGAUCGAAUCAAUUCCUCCCUCAUCUAUGGCGCUGGAGGAGGCGGGCCAACUACCGUAUCCCUUGACAAUGCCUACAUCAUAGUUGCUGCUGGUGGGGGUGGCGCUUAUCCCCUGGAAUAUAUCGAAGGCUUGGCUAACAAUCCUGCCGGAGGAUUUUUCUCUUCGGACUCAUCAGCCGACAACUAUGUUACGGUGAAUGCUGGCAAUGGAAUUUCGAUUUCUUCGCCUACGCAACACUUAUGGUCCUGUGGAGGUUUUCCAAAUACCGGUGGUAUAGCUGCACCUUGCGAUCCAGCCGCCGGAGGUGGAGGAGGAUAUUACGGUGGAGCUGCCCAAAUUCGCAAUCAUGGGAUAGGAGGCACAAAUUGGCUAGGAGUUAAUGCAACAUUUUACCAUUUCGGUUCUGGAGUACAUUCUGGAGACGGAGUCGUUAUAAUUUGGUUCCGCAGGCUAUACGCAAAGGUUCCAACAGCAGCUGACCAGAUCAGGCUAGUAGUGAUGCAAUCCGACUAUAAGGACGUUGAUGUAGGCGAAUCUUACUGGGAUCAAAUCGCAUCUUUACCUUGCUUACCUUGGAAUGAGAUAUCCAUUGGCAGAGAGAUUGGAACGGGUGCAUUUGGAACAGUUCAUGAAGGGCAUACCAAAGAUGGAAAAGCUUUUGCUGUGAAGACAAUCUGCAUGAACAAAAGCACAUCGGCUGAAGCACAGCGAGAAUUUGCCUUUGAGGCACUAUUUAUGCACAAGUUCAACCAUCCAAAUAUUGUUCGUCUGCACUGGAUUCAAUGGGAUCCACCUCGACUGAGAAUUAUUCUAGAACUCAUGGAGGGUGGAGACUUGCGCUCAUUUUUAAGAGACGCUCGACCGACGCAGGAGAAUGCAAACCCAUUCAACCUCAGUAUUCUAGACAUAGUGAAUAUCUCUUUGGACAUAGCUAGAGGAUGUGAAGAACUGAAUCGCCAGAAAUACAUCCACAGAGAUCUUGCAGCACGAAAUUGCCUUCUGAAGAUGGGACCAAACAGAAGAGCAAAAAUUGGCGAUUUCGGCAUGGCCAGGGAUAUCUACGAAAACAACUACUACCGAAAAGGUGGAAGAGCCAAGCUACCGGUGAGAUGGAUGCCUCCGGAAGCGUUCCUGGAUGGUUUGUUUACCACCCAAACUGAUGUUUGGUCAUUUGGAGUGGUUUUAUGGGAGAUCUCCUCGUUUGGGAUGCUGCCGUAUUAUGGAGUAGACAAUUUUGAUGUUAUGGGAUUGGUAACCAAUGGUGGCCGACUGGAUGCUCCAAAUACUGUACCACUGGAGUUGCAAGAAGUGAUGCGGAAGUGCUGGAACACAAAAGCUGAAGAACGGCCUUCAUUUUCUGAGAUCGUGGCUUCACUGGAAUUGCUUGCUCAGAAGGAACAACUAGCUCAAGUACCGAUUUGCUGCUUUGGUCCUAUGUCACCAGCUAUCGUUUCACCCGUGGCCUGCUCCAGCCCAUCUAUCGCAUUUCCAUCUCCAUCACUACCAUCUGUCGCCGAUACACCUUGUACUGUUGCCACAGCGCUGAGUCCGUCUUCUCCUGAUGAUAGGCCAGGUUUUGGCAUUUCGAUGACUGGUGUGCCAUACAUCCCUAUUAACAGCGGCGCACUGCGAGAGGUUUUUGAAGAAAGAUCAACGAGCGAAGGCGUACAAAAUAAUUCAGAUCUUGAAAAACUGAUGAACGCAGCUUCAUGUGCUGACGAUUGGGACCAAGAUCAAGCAACUGACAAUAUCGACGAUACCAUAGCAAAAGUGAAGCAGGCUCUUUUCGGAAGUCGAGAGCCACCAACACCACCGCCUAGAAGGCCGACAACACUUCCGCGUCUGUGGAAUUGA